AGAGGGAUAGGAGCUGUGCAAGACAGAAAUUUCCCUGGCCUUGAGUCCCUGAGGAGAUGAUAGAGAAAGGACAUAAAGAAACCCUUUACGCCCCCAUCUUAGCAUGGCCAGAGCUGCACUGAGCACUGCAAACCACUCCAGCUUGGAAGCGCGAAGUUGUUUUUUUUUUCUUCCCUUUAGAAAGUUUUCAGGAAGUCUGGGGGAGGGGCAAUGCUGCUGCUUUUUUGUCAUAAUGGGCCCCUUUGUGGAGAUGGAAGAGGAGAGAUCUGCGUGCCUGCGGCGUGCAGGCUUUGCAGUGAUUCCCAGAGCAACUUCCCAGACUUCCUAAAAAGCGCCGGGCCCCUGCGGUGCAGGAGAAGGGGAACGGGACUGGUCCAGGAUGGAGCUGAUGGUGCUGCUCAAUGCUCUGGUUACUCGCCUGCUCUUCGUGUUGCACUCCCUCAUCGGGGUCUGGAGAGUGACUGAAGUGAAGAAAGAACCCAAGUACUGGCUGCUGGCACUGCUCAAUCUUCUCCUGUGCCUGGAGACAGGGCUCACCCUCAAGUUUAAGCAAGGCAGAGGCUACAAAUGGUUUUCACCAGCGAUAUUUUUAUAUCUGAUUUGCACAGUACCAUCAUUAUGGCUACUAGAAAUUCAUCAUGGGACCCAGUAUUGCGGUAAUGAGCCUGGAGCUGUUCAGGUGAAUGUCACCAACCAAGACUUCAAUCAGUCCAGAGACAGCAGUCGUGGAAGUGAGGGAAUAGAUCACCACAUCAUUCAGACGGCUAAAGUCUUUGUGAAUCAGCUCUCCACAAUCUGUGAAACUGUAUGGACAUUAGCCCUCCACCAGACCUUCCUACUGCUCCUAGUAGUUGGGAGAUGGCUUCUCCCCAUCGGGGUUGAAAUCACGCGGGAUCAAUUGUCUCAGUUGCUCCUCAUGUUUGUGGGAACAGCAGCAGAUAUACUUGAAUUUGCUAGUGAAACCCUGGACAUUGAGGAUGUGCGGAAGAAUUAUGUUCUCUUAAAUGCAAUUCUUGCUGUAUGGACCUGGAGUAUGUUACAGUUUCCACUUGAUCUUGCAGUACAGCAUAUUGGCUGCAAACCAACUGCAUCAGCAAGGCGGAUCCCCAGCCUGCUGUUCUGCAGGUACAGUGCAGAGCUGUGGAAUAUCGGGGUCAGCUUGUUCAUACAGGAUGGACCCUUCUUCAUCGUGCGUUCAAUCCUGAUGGGCCACUUCAGAAUAUUCAAUCAGUUGCUGGUGUUUUUUACAGCUAAGAACAUCUUAGUUUUGACCCUACAACUGUAUCGUUUGGCGGUGAUAACAUUAGACUUCCAUGCUACUAUUCUGCAGAAGAGCAGGAAAGGAGAAGUCAGCUGUUGCCCAUGCGAGCCUUAUGAAGCCAGCACUCAAGCUACUGCUGAGCAAGAUACUGAAAUGAAAGAGUUCAUUGAUUUUCCAGUGAGAGAGGAAUCCCAAGCUCCAUCAAAAGACCAGUGAGCACAGUUACUGACUCGAAACCAACUGUAUUUCUCUUAGCUUCCUCAAAAGGGCUUGGCCUAUUUCUAUGGUCAGACAGACUUUGAGCGCACAAACUCUUUCUUUCACCAAGAAAUCAAUUUCUUCUGAACUGUAGGGGAAAUUUCUGAAGCGAAAGUUAUAGAAAUGGAACAUUUUGUAUCCUAUUGGAUUUUAGUGGGUUUUGACUAGUUCCCUAUUAUAUUAUCCAUAGGGAUUUUGUAGCCAUAGUUUGUAGUAGCAAUGAAGGUUUGGCACACUAACAAGGUUGGUUAUUACCUUGGGUGGCACUCUGCUGACAUAUGUACCUGCAUGUAUUCAGACAGAAGGAUAAGAAGGAUAAACAUCCUCAUGGAAUAGGGGAAACAGAAGCAUUCAGCCCUACUUCAGUGGUUGGGCUAUAACUUAAGUGUGAUGAACAAUGUUUGCUGUGCAUGGAAGCAGCUGCUACAGUGAUAACUGCAGACACAUAAGUGAAGGGGCAUGAUUUGUACUGUUACUAUGACAUCUAAACAUCGUUCAUUCAAAAAAUUCAAAGCUUCUUUGAAUGUUACCUGACCUCUGGUGGAUUUUCAGUUUCAAAAGACUAUGCAACACCAUGAAACACCAUGUCGUCUCUUAGGACCUGCAUGGUCUGAAUAAUUUCAACCUUACAAAUAAAAAUAUAUUAAAAAGAUAAUGAAAUCCUCACGGAUCAUUUGAACACAACUGUGUUUGUCACCCAGGCAUUUUCUACUGAGAUAUUUGCAUUUUUAUUUCUAUCAGUCAGAACAUAAACCAAAAAAAAGUAUUUUUUUAAUGCUUCACUGUGUUUGAAGUUGAGGGCAGAUUUUAAGUGUUACCAUUUUAUUUUUUUUUUAAAGUGGCCUUACUCAGGCACCUCAGGUAUACAAGCCAACUAGAAAGAAGAUGGCACUACACACACUUGAUGGAAAAUCUAGGCAGAAGAUUUCUGGCUUGUGCUUAACAUUUCACAAAGCCCCUUGAAAUCACUUCAGACAUUAUCUGGUCUAUCAAGUGUCAAGAUCUACUUUUAAGAAAUGGCUAAUAGUUAUGCAUUUAGUUCUACAUUUGGGGUAAAUAAUAUAGGGCCUGAUUCAUUUCUCCCAUGAACACUUUAUGUCAGUUUAAGACCAAUGUCCUUGUUGGGCUUAGCUUAUACAGGCUGAACGAUGAGCAAUUUUUUAAAGGCUGCUUAAAAAUCAUAUGCUCACAGAAAAUGGCAGGUGCUUUUACAAAUUUCUACAUUCAUUCUUAAUGAGAUCAGAAAAUCAUAUUAAGAAAAAAAACUAGCAAAUAGAGUGGCCUAAGUAAUUUCUGUUGUUAAAAUUUCCCAGUCUUACCUAAAGCCUCAGCCAUCUAAAGACAGAAUGCGAUUCUGGGAAUGCAUGAGUGUUUCUAUGACCACCACAACAGUCAUAUGCUUAUUUAUUAAUAGCCUGAUAAACAAUGGCAUGUUUAUUCUUUGAAAGAUACACCUAUUUAAAAAUGAACCUAUUUAAAAUGUCCCCAAACAUGUGAACCUGUGUUAGUAUUUAUGAGAUGUUAAACCGUAUGAUCUGUUCUGUGCAGGAUCAGGCCCUUCCAUUACGAGAAAAGCCAUGAAGAAGUCUCAUACACCUCAUAGCCCUUUCUACCAUUUGUAAUUUAGUAAUAACAUGCAAUGCCUCCUGCUCUUCUCAUUUUGGGCCUCUUUCCAGCAGGAGGAAAAAAGCCAAUUGUCAUUCACAAUGCUGUUUUAAAGGCUGACAUAUGGAGAGUGGAAUGCAACUUCAUUUGGGAUUUUAAUUCCAGUCUAUAGGUAAAAAAGAUAGAGUGCUGUUGCUGACCAACUGUGUUGUCUAAAGCCUUCCGCACCAAGGUGCAUUUAGAAUCAGCUGGUCAAAUUACAACACAUCUCCUUGUUGAUGCAAGCCAGGACUACUCACAUUCAUUGGGUUUACCACUUGCUGAUAUAGUAAUUAUCCUGUUAAAAGAAAUCCUUGCUAAUUAAUUUGGAGUGUACUGGCCUUCCUAGAGCAUCAUUUGAAAUUCACCAGCACAAAAAAAAAAAUACAGAACAGUUUUUGUUUGAAAAAAAAUAUGCUGCCUAUUUAAAGGCUUAGUUCAGCAAACUGCCUACCAGGCUCAGCCUGCAGCAAAUGCAAGAUCCCCUGGGGUGAGCAAUACAGAGACUAGCUACAGCAGGAAUAUUACACAAAGAACUGUAUUUCCUGGUCUACAGGUUGUUUCAUUUUAAACAGUAGUAAAGCUCCUAAUCAGACCUACUGUGAGAAAAAUCUCACUCCAGUGCUAGUUUGUUACUACCAGAUCCAGUCCCCAUUCAGUCACAAAGUAGGCUAGAUCCUCCCUCAUGCUUAGGAUAAAAUAGAUUUGGACUCUUCCUCCUCAUCAUAGGUGAAGACAAACAGAUUGCUUAAAACAGGAGGAAAAAAAAUAACACAGACAAGCAUUUAAAUGGUGGGCAGCCUGCCCUCCCACCUGCACAUGAAGGGGCAAUCACAUAUGCCAGGUAGCAGCAGGAAUGACUGAUAGAGCAUAGUACUGUCUAAUUCAUUAAGAAGCCUGCAGAUGGCAAUUAAGAAGUCUUGAAGUUCGUACGUUUGGUCACAGCAGCAAACCUCAGUUGCAAGCCAUCUUCAUCUACCUCUUGCAAAUUUUUUGAGAGGGAGGGCAGAGUGGCUUCAGCAGCAGGCUGUUCGAGUCAGCUGAGUCAGCAGCUGGGUGCAGGUGUCAUCCUGCAGCCUUCCAGAGCACUGCUCUGUGCAAGCAGGAGAAUGUAUUUUCUUGAAGAUUGCCAGCAUCUGUGACUACUGGUGUCACACCUGUUAUUCAGGAAAAGCUGCGAUGAGCUUUCAGACUUGCAAAAAUUCAAGCCAUCAAAUUGGGAGGAUUUCAGAACAUCUAUCUUAACCAUUAUUUACUCUUGAGUCAGGAGAAUUACAUUACUAAAUCUCCUCCGCAAAUAGAUAUCUAGCCAUUACUGUUAUUUAUUCUGGUUGUUCCUGCCUUAUCCUUUUAGAUUAUUCUAUAUUAAGCAUCACUAAAGUGUUUUGCCACUUGUCUUUUCCUGAGCUAAAAUGUAUUCCUCCUUUCCUUUGGACAUUGGUUUAAAUAAGAUCAUAGCCCUGAGCCAAGAAAAAAAAUAAAAAAACAUUAAAAGCAACAAUAACCAUUAUUUUAUUGCAUUUCUGUUGAUAUUUG